CAGUCUUCUGGGGAUGUCUUCGUCCAUAUAACUACCCACAUGAUUGAUGUGCAUUUUUCCGCAUUCCAACAUAAAUAGUCUCCCCCUGUCGGCUUCUGUUCAUUUUGGCUUUUGCAAAUUGCAGAGAGAGAGAGAGAGAUGGAAAUGGGGAGAGUCUAAAAGAGAGGGAGGUUUAGACUUUAGAAGAUCCAGACAUUACCACCGCCUUCAUUGGCUUCACAGGUUUUCCUGCGUGUCGCUUUUCGAACCCACUGGGCCAGGCCGCGGAUGCUUCCAUCUUCAUGUUUUCUUGACAAAAGACAACAAUGGAGCUUCUUCUUCCCUUGCUGCUGCUUUUUCUCCAUAUACCCAUUUGGGGAUUUCGCUUCUGUCCCAUUGAUGCCGCGCCGGAUCUUCUUAUUUCUGCUCCCCUAUCUUCGCCGCAAAUCUUAUCCAUUUCUCCAAUUUCCGCAACAAUGACUACCUUCUCUCCCGGAAGUCAAAUUGAGACUGUGGAGCACCGAACAGAUUCAAACAAGAAAAUGCAUGUAGCAGUAAUUGUUGCUUCCUCUGGACUCUCUGCAAUCAUAUUGUGUUUGUUGUGCGUGUGGAUUUAUCACAGGAAGAGUUCACAGAAGUCCCAAAAGAAGAAUACCAAGAGUUCAGAUGCUGAAAGAGGACAUAAAUUUGGUUCAUUACUGGGAAAAUUCAAUUCCCGGAGGAUGGUCGGCAAGAAAGGACCUGUCUCUCUAAUUGAUUAUAAGCUGCUAGAAACUGCCACAAGCAAUUUCCAGGAAAGUAAUAUCCUGGGGGUUGGUGGAUUUGGAUGUGUUUACAAGGGCCGAUUUGAUGGUAAUUUCCAAGUUGCUGUGAAGAAGCUAGAUGGUGGAAGUGAGGAUGCAGAGAAAGAAUUUGAGAAUGAGGUGGAUUUGUUAAGUAAAAUUCAGCAUCCCAAUAUAAUUUCUCUUCUGGGUUAUUGUAUUCAUGGCGAGGCGAGAUUUAUCGUAUAUGAAUUGAUGCAAAAUGGAUCCCUGGAAACCCAAUUACAUGGACCAUCACAUGGAUCAGCUUUAAGUUGGCAUAUUCGGAUGAAAAUUGCUCUUGAUACAGCAAGAGGAUUAGAAUACUUGCAUGAGUACUGCAGCCCACCAGUGAUCCAUAGAGAUCUGAAAUCAUCUAAUAUUCUUCUGGAUUCCAACUUCAAUGCCAAGCUGUCUGACUUUGGUCUUGCUGUAAUUGAUGGGACCCAAAACAAGAACACUAUAAAGCUUUCAGGCACCUUGGGUUAUGUGGCCCCGGAGUAUCUUUUAGAUGGUAAAUUGACUGAUAAAAGCGAUGUCUAUGCUUUUGGAGUUGUUCUUUUGGAACUUCUACUGGGAAAGAGGCCUGUUGAAAAACUGGAAACAGCUCAAUGCCAGUCUAUAGUCACAUGGGCUAUGCCUCAGCUCACUGACAGAUCAAAGCUCCCAAACAUUGUGGAUCCUGUGAUCAGAAAUACAAUGGAUCUGAAGCACCUAUACCAAGUUGCUGCAGUAGCUGUGCUAUGUGUGCAACCAGAACCAAGUUAUCGGCCAUUGAUAACUGAUGUCUUGCACUCUCUCGUUCCUCUUGUUCCCGUAGAGCUUGGAGGGACCCUAAGAAUUGCACAAACUGUGCCUCCCAUGGACCAGACAAUGUCGUCCACUCACUGAUCUUGGCAAUAGUUUGGGCAGACUGGCAGAGUUGAUGCUACCACAGCUGCUGCUGCUGCUGCUGCAGCUGCUGUUGCUACACUAUUUCAGGAUCUUCAUUUUGGAUCAAUGAACGUCCAAAGCUCCCCAUGAUCUUAUUGUUCUGCAGUUACUAGUCAUUUACUUGGGAUGCAGGUAAUUUGCCCAGCUGAAGUGGACGGCCAGCAAUUUAUGAUAUCUGUAAAUCGAGGUAAUUUAGAUGUGAGUUGUUCUAUAGCAUUCUGAAAAUUACUGUGUGCAUAUGAAGUUCAUAUAGAAAAAUUCAGUCAAUUCCUUGAGAUUUGCAGAUAAAAUUGGAUGGUUUUUUAUCCCCGAGGUCUUGCUUUGCAUUGUCGGACUUUUGUAGAAAAUGAAAAAUCAAUCUUUAUCAAGGCAGUAAUUUGCCUUUUCUGUACUUUAUGUUCAAUUGAACUUUUGACCUUUAUGAUGAAAUCAGAUUCAUAUACCCUUUAUUCA